UGAAAACGAGUCCAUACUCUUAUUCCACCACGAUUAGGGGUAAAGUGUUAUUUAGCGAUCCACAAACCUCCCCUUCAAAAAAUUGAUAGGAUUGUAAAAAUGAGGGUGAAACCAGGUGAAGGAGUGAAUUUAUUAACACUGGAACAACUUGAAGAAUAUCACGAUGCAUUUGAUCUUUAUGAUCGAGAUGGUGAUGGAAAAGUGACAAGUCAUGAGCUCGGUCCUCUGAUGCGUUGUUUAGGUGCUAAUCCAAAGGAAGACCACUUGCAAGAAUUGAUGAACGAAGUAGAUUAUGAUGGCGAUGGUUUCCUCAACUUCACCGAGUUUAUUGAUUUAAUGAUCAAUGAUAAACCAGAAAUUGACGAUGACAUCGAAAUGAUCGAAGCUUUUCGUUGCUUUGAUACAGAGAACACAGGUUUUAUCUACUCUGCUGAUAUACGUGAAGCUUUAUACCAUAUGGACGAAGGUCUUUCCCAUGUAGACGGUAUUAUAGAUGCCGCAAAUCUUCAAGAAGACAGGCAGAUUACGUUUGACGGUAAUAGUUUGAAAUACAAUCAAAAUAAGUCAUGA